AUCGUGAAACACAGCUUGAUGUUUGAGACCUGGAGAUAAACUGACAAAGUGGCAUUCACUUCGCUGGCUGAAAAAUCGCCGUAAGGUCCGCGUUACGGAAAACAAAAGUCGAAAAAGAUUAGCUGCGUGGAGGAGAGAGAAACUGAGAAGCAGAGAAACUGAGAGACCGAGAGUAGUAACCGCAGGCUGUGGGCAUCAAUUACGGCGAUAACAUUGAGCGAUAAUCGAACCGGGGUUAUCUCGACGAGCACCUGGAGCUCUCGCCGCUGCUGUUGAUGCGACUCAGUGGGUUUAGUCAGAUUCCGACAGCUUGGGGCGAUGGAUCCAUCCUCCAGCAGAGUCGCGUUAGAGUUAGUCGAGGAGGCAGAUUCGGAGACGGGAACGGUGAUGGGGACGGAGACAGAUGCCUCCAGGGUGGCGGAGCAUCGGGGAUAUGCCGAAGCGCUCUCCUUGUCCGGAAGGAGUAACAAGCGACGCUCGAACCGGAAGUCCUGUGGCACAGGACGGAUCCUGACUGCAAGCGCCAUUUUCUUGGCCCUGAUGCUCAUCGUCGGCGCCAUUUUCAUGCACUUAAGGCACAAGCAUCAUCUGGGCAGGCUGCACGUCCAUCUGAGGGACCAUUCGGAGCACCUACCCCUGGUGGCCGCGACUGGAGUGGCUGCCCAGACGAUAACAACAUUCCAGCCAGCAACGGAUCCUCCUCCAUCUCCUGCGACCCAAACUCCUCCACCAUCACCUCCUCCAUGGGUGGUAAGCGAUGAGUGUCUGGCCUGCAUGUCCAUUGCCUCCACGAAUAAUGUUCCUGGAGUUUGCAGGAGCAAAGAAGGCGCUGAAUGGCCGUGCGGCAUUUAUCGCAUCUCCAUUGGCUACUGGCAGGACGCACAGCGUUUAAUUGAUCCAACGGACGAGCUGGCAAAGGACUACGAAGGAUGUGUGGUGGACGAUGGCUGCGCCGGAAGGAUUGUGCGGAGUUAUUUGGAACGGUAUGCCUAUGACUGCAACCAAGAUGGACGGAUCGAGUGUCGGGAUCAUGCGAUACUUCACAUGCGAGGACCCGGUGGCUGCCGGAGGCAUGAGCUCCUUACGUCCUCAGUUGAAAAGCGGCUGAAUGUGUGUUUGAAAUAGAAGGAAUUAACGUAG